AUGCAGGAUCUGGAUCCGGCAUCACUACUCUUCAUUCCGCGCGAUGAGUAUGCACCCCUGCAGCUGGACCCAGAACUCUUCGAGUCUGUGGGCGACGGAGUGUCCCUCAAGACCUUUGUUAUACCCAAGGCCACUCCACCAACUACGUCGUCCACUAAAUCGCCCUCGGUAUCCACCUCAAGCUCGCUGGACAGACUCAGGUCUCUUGCCGUCAAAUUCAACCCCCAGGAUGCCGAUGCACCAGAGAACCAUGCAGGUGGAGGAGUAGGAGAACGGCAGAAGAGCAAUCGGAGCCGGAUGGGAACAACCCAGUCAUGGGAUGUUGCUUGGGAGCAGGACCUGGAUCAGCGUGUUCUAGAGAUUGACCGACCCAACAUCUUUGACUCGUUUCAUACCCCUGGCGCCGCCGCGUUUGACGUUCAAGGGUCCAUCCCGUUCCUAGUUCCAUCAGGUCAAGGAGAAGUUCCUGAGGUGGAUUCGUUUACAGAGUCUACUGUUGGCUCGCUUACUCUUCCCACAGAUCCGACAUCCUCCCCCUCAGUUAACAAGGAGACACUGAGCCUUUCCUUUGAUCUACCGGUGCUGUCGAAACGGCCGCGGAAUAUUCUGGACGACUGUGUACUUCGCGAUCAGAUUCCAGUCGCAGCUACCGCCAACAAACACCACCAGCAACCGACGGCACCGGACGGCAGGGCGGAAAAGAUCGCAAAGACGCAGCCUUCGAAGAUCGGAUUUGAUAUCACGGAGGAUCGAGCGAAGACUUGGCGCGCAGCCGGGAAGCCUGUUCAGACUGAUCUUACAGGGGCGGCGGAUGGUGGACGUGGCGCCAGGAUUCAUGAGCAACUGAGUUGGGAGACGUGCUCCAGGUCAGGACUCAGGACCGUGUCUAAUCACCUUGUCAUGUCGCCAUACGUAACAGAAGCAGGCACCACUACCUUUGAGUCUGUCUAUCAGAGGUACAUGGACUAUGCGUUCAAGUUUCGACCUUCUCCGAUAGUCGUGCCCUACAAAAGGUUGAUUGAGCACUACAAGCAUGUCAAGGUAACGGCUGAGACGUUACUGGAAACCAUGAUCAGCGCAGGAACACAUAUGAGACGCCUGGUUGCUGUCGCAGAUACCUGCAUCAAUCACCCAGAAGGCAUGGGCUUGAUCCGCAUCGCAUUCGGUCGCUCACUGUCGUCGUAUCUGACAUUCUUGCAAGGAACAGUCGUAUCACUUCAGGAAUCUUGUAGGAACAAACAGAUCCACCUCCUGGAAUUGCACCACAAGACCCAUGAUCUGGAAGAGAUGCUAUCUCGGCUCGCCCGCCUGUGUCAAUGUCAUGUAUUGCAGGAGAGUAGUAAUAGGGCUGGAUUCUAUUUGCCACCUGGAUCGGGCCUUCUGUCAAUGAUCUACAGCGAAAUACUGGUGCAGCCAAGCCCUAGCGAUGCCUUGUGGGUGGCGCUUCUACUCAGCAUGCUGGACCAGGCUAGCAAACCAUACCGCGAUAUUCUCAGUCGAUGGAUGGGCAUUACGCCAUCAACACACGGCGAACAAGACAGGAACCAACUCUCAAGCCUCUCUAGCCUGUCAGCCGCAAGGAGAUUACCUUUAGGGCCAGAUAUCUUUGACCUUACUGGAUACACUGCCAGCAACACCAACAAGCAAGGAGGCACCACGGGCGGGAGCGAGGAACUAUUUUCGAUCUUUGACUCUCAUCUACAACAAUCUCUCCAAGGGCUGGACCCGUUUGGAGAGUUCUUCGUUCAUAGCAGGCAUGGAUGGUCUUGGGACGGGUCCGAGUUGAUUGUUCUGGCAGAUCCUCUGGAGUACAAUGGCGAGUUCAAGAUGAGCGACACUGUGUCGCCAGCUCGAUUUCUUGGUGACCGGUUGGCAGAGCGCGUCAUGGAGGCAGGGAAGGAGCUUCAGAUUUUGGUUGAGUUUGAGCCGCGGCAUCCUUUGAUUGCUCAUGAUCGGAACUCCUCCAUGACGAGUACCUGGCUUAAGUGGUUUUAUGUCCAAGGCGAUCUUGCCAAGAUCGAGUAUGGAGCCAAGUAG